AUGAAUCGCCAAAGACCAAAAAGGCUCGAAGGCCUUCAGGGCAUCGGCGUUGACAAGAUGGGCAAUAUUGCGGACAGGGCGAGGGGGAGACAGUCACAAGCUGGUCUGCUGGCUCCGAAGUUGCUGCGAUUGGAGAACCUGGAUGUCGACAUCCCUCCGGAUGGCGUUGUGCCAAACCUGACCUCGACUGCUGCUGCAAAUGACGACGACAACAGCUACCUGCCGUUUCUCGGCCAGAUCGGCCUGAGAAAUGCAGUCGCUGAGCACCUGAACUCCAUGACCAAAGGUGCGACCCAAUACAGGGGUGAGGCAAACUGCGUCAUCACGGCCGGUGGCCUGAGCGGCAUACUAAACACCCUGCUGGCCACUGUGGAGGAAGGCGAUGGCGUCCUCUUGACAGAGCCGGUGUACGCCGGCCUGCUCAAUCGUGUCCGCCUCGCCGGUGGCAUUCCACGUUUGGUGCCUUUGCAAUUCACUCCGGGGGAAUCAUGGUCCCUGGACCGGCAGAAACUGCGACAGGUAGUGGAAUCGCCAGACAACAAGAUCACGACGAUGCUCCUGAUGUCCCCUAGCAUGCCGACCGGUGCUUACCUCGAUUACCAAGAUUGGGCGCUUGUAGCAGAGCUCUGUGUCAGGCACGAUAUCCUGUUGAUAUACGAUGCAGCAAUGGAACGUCUUCUGUUUGACGGCCUUCCGGCCAUCCAUCCGGCAUCCUUCCCUGGCAUGACGAAUCGAACCAUCACCGUGGGCUCGGCGUCGAAAGAAUUGCGCAUGAUCGGCUGGCGCGUAGGCUGGAUUGUUGGUCCCGAGCUCGUCAUGCAAGAUAUUGGCUUAGUGUCGAUGGCCAACGUUGUCGUCCCUGUAGGUAUUGCGCAAAAGGCUGCAAAGGAGGCUCUCCAGGUAUCCAAGACAGCCAUUGUCGAUUACGUUGAUGAACUGCAGCUGCGAAGGGAUUUGUGCAUGAGAGAACUCCGUGGACUGCCCGUUGGCAAACCGGACGGGGGAUGGUCGCUGUUGUUGCGGGUCGACAUGCUGGGUUGGCGCGCCGAUGCCGCGGCUGAAGCGCUUCUGGAACAAGGAGCCUGCGUGACUCCGAUGGUCGGUUGGGGUUCUGACGGCGAGGCUCAAUAUAUACGGAUUGUUUUCUCGAAUGAGCCACGAGAUCGAUUGGCCGGCCUGGGGGAGAUAGUCAGACAGGCAUUGCUGAAAUAA